UCUAGGAAAGCGAUCGCUAUCGUAUCCGACUGUCAGCCAUUGCCGAUUGCCGAGCUUUUUGACUUGCAGAGAUGGCGACGAUAGUAUGCGCAUACACGGACGUAUUUAUAUGGUUUCCCAUAUAUACAUUUGUACAUAUAUAUAUAUAGCGAUGUCUUCUCGUCUGUACUAGAUGACGGCGCAGGCAAGAGCAUAGAGACGAAAUAUAUAGAGGGAGAGAGAGAGUUUUGAGAUCUCUCUUUCUCUCUCUUAGUUCACAACUACCAGAUUCAGUCGAAGUACGUAAUUGCUCGUUUAUCACUGUUAAUGAGAGUGUAAGUGGUUGAUUUGUUCUUAUAUUGGUUAAAUGGUAACUGGAUGACUUUAGCGAGAGAUGAAGCAUAGAUUCAAGGAAUGGGGUGUGUUUUUGGUCGAGAUGCCUCAUCGGGCAUAGUUCAGGAGGAGAAGGAAGAGAAGAGAGAGGCCGAGAAUGAGAGGAAGAGUAAGAAAUUGGGCGUUGAAUCCAGGGAGGUUGACGGUGAUCGGCCGUUACAGGGUGAGAGAAGAAGGUUUAGGCCAAAUCCGAGACAGAGUAAUCCUCCGGAACACAAGCUUGGGGAGCAAGUUGCAGCAGGAUGGCCGUCUUGGCUUUGUGCACACGUUGGGGAAGCAAUUGAAGGUUGGCUUCCACGGUGUGCUGAUACUUUUGAGAAGAUUGACAAAAUUGGCUCAGGAACAUAUAGCAACGUGUACAAAGCAAGAGAUACUAUAACGGGCAAAAUUGUUGCCUUGAAGAAGGUAAGAUUCGAUAAUGUGGAACCAGAAAGUGUGAGAUUUAUGUGUAGGGAGAUUAUUAUUUUGAGGCGGCUUGAUCAUCCUAAUGUCAUAAAAUUGGAGGGUUUGGUCACUUCAAGAAUGUCAUGUAGUUUGUAUUUGGUGUUUGAGUACAUGGAGCAUGAUUUGGCUGGACUUGCAGCUACCCCAGAAAUUAAAUUUACAGAAGCACAGGUUAAGUGCUAUAUGCAUCAGUUAUUGUCUGGACUUGAGCAUUGUCACAGCCAUGGUGUUCUCCACCGUGACAUUAAGGGUUCAAAUCUUCUUAUUAACCAUGGAGGAGUCCUUAAGAUAGCUGAUUUUGGGUUGGCAACCAUUGUCGAUCCUAGACACAAACACCCUUUGACUAGUCGGGUAGUUACACUCUGGUAUCGAGCUCCCGAGCUUCUUCUCGGGGCUACUAACUAUGGUGUAGGCAUAGACCUUUGGAGUGCAGGUUGCAUUUUGGCUGAAUUAUUGGCUGGGAAACCUAUCAUGCCGGGCCGUACUGAGGUAGAGCAAUUGCAUAAGAUUUUCAAGCUGUGUGGCUCUCCUUCUGACGAAUAUUGGAAAAGAUCAAAAUUGCCAAAUGCAACCAUAUUCAAGCCUCAGAAACCUUACAAGCGUUGCGUUUCAGAGACAUUCAAACAUUUCCCUUCAUCAUCACUGCCUUUAAUUGAAGCACUGAUUGCAAUUGAUCCAGCUGAACGUAAAACUGCAACAGAUGCAUUAAGGAGUGAUUUUUUUACUACAGAGCCAUAUGCUUGUGAUCCUUCUAGUCUUGCAAAGUAUCCUCCUACGAAAGAGAUGGAUGCCAAAAGACGCGACUAUGAAGCUCGCAGGCUAAAAGCUGCUAAUAAAGCCCAAGGUCAUGGUGCGAAGAAAACACGGACACGCAACCGACCCGUUCAAGCAAUGCCCGCUCCAGAAGCCAAUGCUGAGCUCCUGCGUCUAAUCACCCAUGCGAAUGCAAAAAGCAAGAGCGAGAAGUUUCCUCCGCCUCACGAGGAUGGAUUUCUUGGUGUGCCCUUGGGUGCUUCACAUCGCAUAGAUCCCGGCCUUGUUCCUCUUGAUAUUCCUUUUAGUUCCACCUCAUUUACAUAUUCAAAAGAAGCACUUCAAAAUUGGUCAGGUCCUUUUGUUGACCCUGUUGCUGUUGGUGCUUCAAGUGGGAAGCAGCAUGCCAUUGGUGAUACCCGCGAACCGACUAGAUCGUUCACAGGCAAACGAGACAAAAGUAGCAAUCACUGGAUCAGAGAAAAGCAAACAUUAGCUUGAAGUUUUGUCCAAUAUACUGGAAUUAUAUACAGGAUUGCUUUAAUUCUAGGAUCACUGCUUAGCUGUUGGAUCAGAAUGUAUAUGAUCAAUACAGCAUUGGCGCUUGUCCUCUGGCCCAAAAGAAAGGUAUCUUCCCUAUUGUCCAAAGAAAGAUUUUCCCCCCACCUUAUUUCUUAGGAUUGAGAGGCUGCUUUUGUUAUGUAUAAUUUAAUUCUUUUUCCUCCUAAAAA